AUGCCGAUCGCCUCGCCCGUCUGCCCAGCCCACUACACUGACCGCGUGGGGGAGGACGGCGCCCCUCUUUCCCUCAAGUUUCCCAAUGAGAUCCUUGUUGUUCCAACCCAGUACAGCGAUCCCAUCCCCCCGGAGGCCGUUGGGUUAGUCUUGCCCAAAGCCUCCGCCGCUGAGCAGGGACUGUUUGUCGUUCCGGGAGUCAUUGACUCUACACAUCAAGGAGCCGUUCACAUUCAGGCCCCUGGAGAUUUCCUGGAAAAGUCGGGCCUGAGCCCUUUCAUGAGCGCUUCGUCCAUCCCGGAGUUGGACACAGAUGAGCCUCCUGUUCCUGGGCCUCCUGUUCCUGUCUCUGUAGAAGUACCUGCAACUAUGGACCAGCAGCAAGUACUUGCCAGGCUGCAGCUGCUGGAGCAGCAAGUGGUUGGAGGAGAGCAGGCCAAGAACAAGGACCUGAAGGAAAAGCGACAGCGGCGGAAAAGGCUGGCAGAUGAGCGGAAGCUGCAGCUCUUGGAGGCUCUGCAGGGGUCAGACGUGGAUAGCAGCGACUGGGUCCUACUCAACGUCUAUGACUCCAUCCAGGAAGAGGUGCGCGCAAAAAACAAACUGCUGGAAAAGAUGAAGGAGAAGCUGCGAGCAGCUGAGGCUGAAAUCAGAGACAUUCAGUAUGAAUUUGAAUUGGAGAAGAUUGACUACCUGGCCACCAUCCGCCAACAGGAGCGGGAACUCCUUCUCCAUCAACAGCUUCUCGAGCAGGUGCAGCCUCUCAUACGCCGUGACUGCAACUACAGCAACUUCGAUAAGAUCAAGCGGGAGUCCAUCUGGGACGAGGACGCAGAUUGCUGGAAAGUCCCAGAGCCUGUCACAGAAAGGACCAGCCUCCCUGUGGUUUCGUCAUCAUCUCAGACAAAAGCAGGCAAGAAGAGCUCUGCUUUGGAGCACAGGGAAGCAUCGACAGAGGAAGAAGACCGCUACAAAACAAUGCUGAGCAAGAGUGACAGCGAAAACAUUGCAAGCAGUUAUUUCCGCUCCAAACGAGCAAGCCAGAUUCUCAGUUCUGCUGACUCUGCGAAGAGUCUGGCUUCCCAUAACCCGCUCUCCCACCCUGCAUCAUCCAGUAUGGCACCCGUUCCCUCCACCCAGACAGCAGAGAUGCCCCAGCUGCGCCCCUUCCGCCUCGAAUCCUUGGACUUCUCUAUGCCUUCAACCAAGACAAGACGCAAGAAAAACCGGAAUAUCAAGAGCGGAGACCCCUUUUAACUGCCGUGGCCAAUCUCCGGCCACCCUGUGGUUAGACCUCCUGCCUUUUUUUUUCUUCUGGAAAGUGAAAGCCACUAAAGGCUAGUUUUCAAAGGCUUACAGCCUGAUCUACCUCCUUGUCCAAGGUAGGGCUGGUACCUUUCACUGAUCCUCUGCCAUUUUCUAGUGAUACUGCCUGUUGAGCCUGGCCUUUCUCUCCUGAUGGUUGCUUUACCCAGCAUCAGGAAAAGAAAUUGAACCUGGAAGAGAUGUUAUUUAAGACCACUUAGUGGUGGACUUUAAGCUUUUCCCGCCCUAAAAUCCCCCCCCCCCCCGCAACUCCCUGCAAGGCAGGAAGUUGAUGGACACAGUUUGUCAGGAAACUGUGAACAUUUCUCCUGCAGCCGUCCUGCCAUUUCCUCUUUAAUCUGGAAAAAAAUGUGGUUUUUUGUUUUCCUCCAGCUCAGAGCAGAAAAAGUGGGCGCUGAACAAGUCAUGUUCCUAUUGUGCAUGAUCCCAUCUGGAUGCUUAAGUUUGCUGAACGAGCUUCCCAAUAUGCAUGUAGAGAAGAAUAUUAAAAAAAACAGAUCAAGAUUAUUCUGUUUCAAGCCACCAGGUGGCACUAGAAACUGCAAAACAAGUUCCGCUAACUGAAGUAAGCUUGUAAAAACAGUCCUGCUUCCGGUGGGUUUUGGGGAAAAGAUAAAAAGUUUGUGGGAGAUCUGACUGUGCUAUUUUUAACAUUUUAAUCCAAUUGUUCUAAUGUACUUGAUGUGUUAGCAUCCUUGAAUCUGAGAUACAGUGGGAUAUACACAUAUAGAUAUUUUAAAUAAAUAUUCCAGUUUUUUUUACCAUA